AUGUCUGCAGACGCCGCCCGACGUCUCUUUCCGCGCAAGUUCGAGGUCCACGGCCACGUCGUGGUGAUUCGCCUGAAUGAUGGCACCUCGGUAGAGAUGCUGCGCCCGCUUGCACGCUUUUUUGCCGAGUCCUUUUCCCCGAUUUUGGUGGAUGUGGUACUGCUGGACGUGGAGGGCAUCGUUGGCGAGCUCCGCCGCCCAUCUCUACAGAUCCUGUUCCAGGCGGACACCGCCUUGACGGAGUACGCGACGUCGCUGCGGCGCACUGUGCAACGCCGCUGGAAAGAUGCGCGGAAGCGAAGCCAACCGUCAUGUAUGACAAUCGAUGCCAUGGAGAGCACGCUGAAUCGGUGGACGGCGUCACCCACCUUCACAGCACACGUGGAGAACGGUGUCGUUUACAGCUUCGACGUGUCGCGGGUGAUGUUCAGCAGCGGCAACACGACGGAGCGAAUGCACUUUGGGACUGUCACUGCUGCUGAUGAGGUCGUGGUGGACAUGUUUUGCGGCAUCGGCUACUUCACCCUUCCAUUAGCGAUGCAUGGCAACGUGGCGGCUAUUCACGCUCUUGAGAAGAACCCAGACAGCAUCGACUUUGUGAAGCUGAAUGCUGUGUUGAACAAGGUGGACCACCUCAUUCACCCCGUGUGCGGCGACAACCGCGAGGUGGGAGAGGAGCUGCUGGGCAAGUGCGACCGUGUUGUGAUGGGUUACAUCCCUACCUGCAAGUCGUUUCUCCCGCGCGCCGCGUCGUUCCUCAAGCGCAACGAAGCAGGGCGGAGCAGCGGCAUCGUGCACUACCACUUUCUCGCCGACAAGCUCUGCGCUGCGCAGGAGGCGCUGAGGGACGUCCAGGAUGAGCUGGGGGAGGAGUUUGCCGCCUUUGUCCGCAUUACGCAUCUUCGAUGUGUGAAGUCGUACGCUCCGAAACGCUUCCACUUUGUUGCUGAUCUCGUUUUCGAGUAA